AGAGUGUUUCAAUUAGGCAUUGUAAAGGGAUAGUCUACACUAGAAUACUAGUGUCUACUGAGUUUCAAGAAUGGCACCUUGCUCAGUUGCAUUCUUCAGGUUUCACACAUCUGUAAGUAGGCCUCUUUGGAGCUGUGCCAGCCCAUUCAAUGGCGUCCUCUACUACUGUGCCUCUAGGAUUUCACUAUGAAACAAAGUAUGUUGUUCUCAGCUACUUGGGACUGCUCUCUCAGGAGAAGCUGCAAGAGCAGCCUCUUUCUUCCCUCCAAGGGGUUCAACUAAAUGUAGCUUCACAAUCUCUGGAUCAAGAAGUUUUAUUAAAAGUUAAAACUGAAAUUGAAGAAGAGCUAAAAUCCCUGGACAAAGAAAUUUCUGAAGCCUUUACCAGCACAGGCUUUGACCGUCACACUUCUCCAGUAUUCAGCCCUGCUAACCCAGAAAGCUCAAUAGAAGACUGCUUGGCUCACCUUGGAGAAAAAGUGUCACGGGAAUUGAAAGAGCCUCUACAUAAAGCAUUGCAAAUGCUCCUCAGCCAGCCAGUGACAUAUCAGGCAUAUCGGGAAUGUACACUGGAGACCACAGUUCAUGCCAGCGGCUGGAAUAAGAUUUUGGUGCCUCUUGUUUUGCUACGACAAAUGCUUUUGGAGUUGACAAGACGUGGUCAAGAACCUCUGAGUGCACUGCUGCAGUUUGGUGUGACAUAUCUGGAGGACAAUGCAGCAGAGUAUAUCAUUCAGCAAGGUGGCUGGGGCACUGUCUUUAAUCUUGAGUCAGAGGAGGAGGAAUACCCUGGAAUCAUUGCAGAAGAUAGCAAUGACAUUUAUAUCCUGCCCAGUGACAACUCUGGACAAGUCAGUCCCCCAGAGUCUCCAACUGUGACCACUUCUUGGCAGUCAGAGAGCUUACCUGUCUCACUAUCAGCUAGCCAGAGUUGGCACACAGAAAGCCUACCAGUGUCCUUAGGUCCUGAGUCCUGGCAGCAGAUUGCAAUGGAUCCUGAAGAAGUCAAAAGCUUAGAUAGCAACGGAGCUGGAGAGAAGAGUGAGAACAACUCUUCUAAUUCUGACAUUGUUCAUGUAGAGAAAGAAGAAAUACCUGAGGGCACAGAAGAGGCUGCUGUAGCUCCUGUGGUCUUGCCAGCUGGGGAGCUGCAAGAGGCAUUCCCUGAAGCCCCAGCUCCCCUGCUUCCACAUAUCACUGCCACUUCCUUGUUGGAAACAAGGGAACCCGACACAGAAAUGGUUGCAGCUGAGCAAGCCAGCCCUGCUACAUCUUUGUUCGUAGAACUUGAUGGAGAAGAGGUGAAAGCAGCAACCAGUGCACCUGUCGCAGUGGAGGAGGAGGUGAUGCCUGUGCUAGAGCCCAUACAAACACUACUGCAUGAGAAAGAGAGUGUCAGAGAGGAGUCCUCCCCUGCUGGAGAAGCGAAGGCCAUCCCACUGUCUGAGGGCCAGUCCAUGCUGCUGUUUGGAGGGGCUGCUGCUGUUGCCAUCCUGGCAGUAGCAGUUGGAGUAGCACUAGCUCUGAGAAAGAAAUAGAUUCUUUGGAAGACAAAGAAGACAAAAAGGAUCUAAGGUCGUAGUUGUAUUGGCUGGAAUUUGAACUGCCAGCAGCUGAUUGGACAUUUGUGGAACACUCUGGGAUGAUUGGGGACUUCUGCUCAACAAGGCAGUGGAUAGAUCCACACAUCAGGGCUUGAGGUAGAGGGGUUCACCAUCAUCUGAUCGUAAAUUCCAUGGGCCUUGGCUCGUGCUAGAUUAAUCUUAUGGGUAAAGUACUCCCUAUAGAACAGGGUUUCUCAACCUUGGUGGUAUUGACAUUUUGAUAAUUCUUUGUUGUAGGAGGUUGCCCUGUGUAUUGU